CACUUGUCGUCAUGGCUCCGUUCGUAUGGAGUUUUAGAGGGAAUAUCAACCGGUUUUUAAUUGAUGUUCAAAUACUACAAUACCUUAUUGUAUUAUUCGGGCUAUUUAAUUUGUCUCUGUGCCUUUACGAAGAUCAAGUCGGAAAAUUUGACUGGAAACAGAAUUAUGUUGGCAAAAUUAAAUUUGCCAGUUUUGAUACUGUCUCGGCCGCAAAAAAGAUUAUUGUUGCUACUGAAGAAAAUGUUAUUGCUGCACUAAACCUUAAAUCAGGACAAAUAUUAUGGAGACGUGUAUUGGAAAAGGGAUAUGCAGGUCAAAUUCGAGCAAUAGGUGGAAUUUCAGAUGGAGAUCUUAUUUCUGUAAGUGGAGGUGUACCAGCUAUUGUUCGUGCAUGGGAUUUAGCUACUGGACAUAUACUUCAUGAAUGGCCAAUAGCUGAACAAAAUCCUGAUAGAAUUAAGGAUGUGAUGUGGUACAUAAAAGAUGGAACAUUAUAUCAUAUUUUACCAAACUAUUAUAAUAAUGUAGAAGUAACAUCUUACGAUAGUAAAACAGGAGAUAAAUUAAAAACAAUUAAGGUGCCUGCACCAUUUAUAAGAGAAGCAACAGAGUGUGUUCUGGCAGGUCCAUAUUUAGUCUGUUUAGAAACAGAUGAUGGUUCAGUAGCUUUACUGAUUGUACUAUAUUUAUUUAAUGACAAUAUUGAGGGAAAACCAGUUAAAGCAAAUUUUGCUACACAAGGUCCAUAUCACUUAGAAGCAGUGCCUGGUGAAGAACCCGUUGUAGUAGUUAGUGCAGACGGGAACCAAACGAAACGAAUUCUUCUUGUUGGGAAGGCAUCUAAACUUAUUGAAAGAGAUAUAGCUGGAGAUGCUAUGCUCUAUGUUGUUUCAGUUGAUAACGAGAAAGUUCUUCUUGAAACAACAUAUAGAAACGGAGUAACAGAAAUUGUUGCUUCAGAACUCUUUACAUCGAAAUCUAUGCCAAAUUUGUCUACUAGUUUAACACAUAAUUUAUUACUGUCACCAACAAUUAUGGCUUCUGUUUGUCCUAGACAAACAAAAGGUGUUACUUGUCGUCAUUUAUUAGCUUCAGAAGAUUACAGUGUUGCAAUGUUACAACAUAAUAAAUUAGUAUGGGCUAGAGAAGAAGCACUUGCAAGUGUUGUGGCAGCAGAAAUUAUAGAAUUACCCAUGUCAGAUAGGGAUCAAGCAAUAGAAACAGAAUUCGAUCAAAAAGAGAGGGAUGUAUUAAGUAUGAUGUAUAGAAGAAUCAGCUCUCAAUUUAAACAAGCAAAGGCAUUUUUCCAAUCGAUAUUAAGUAUUACGCCUCAACAGUCCAAUCAACGUACUGAUUUAGUACGAGAUAAAUUUGGAUUACAAAAAUACACAUUACAUGUAUAAUUAUUCAAUAUUAAUAUUUAAAUUCAUUUCUAGUUGUAUGGUAUUGAAACUAGAAAAGGUGAAAUUAUUUGGCAACUUAGAGUACCGAGUAUUCGAGGUUUUACUAAAAGAUCAAAUGCAAUAAUUUUAUAUGUACAACGUGGCAGUAGGCAUUUUCCAUAUCCUCCACAAUGUGCAUUACUGGCAGAAGAUAAAAAAACGGGGGAAGGAAUUGUGUAUACAUUUAAUCCAAUUACGGGCCACCCAUUGGAUGGUUUAGUAAAAUUAGGAUAUAAGAUAAAACAGUCCAUGUUACUUCACAUAACAACGGAUGAUUUCCUGCGAGGUAUUCUUAUUUUUGACACACGAGAUAAAGCUCAUGUGUAUCCUGAAAGCGCAACAGCAAUUGCGGCGUCUUUUGCUAAAAGUACAUACAUAUUUACUGCUGAUCAAACAACUGGAAUAUUAUCUGGAUUUUCUCUAUCAUAUAGUACAGCUCAUGAACUUAUUGCCCAUAAAGUAUGGGAGUUACUGCUUUCGCCGAAAAACCAAAGAAUAACACACGUUGUAUCGAAAAGUCCAAUAGAACGUGUUCAUUCGCAGGGUAGAGUUUUAAGUGAUAGAUCAGUACUGUAUAAGUAUAUUAAUCCUAACUUAGUCGCUAUAGUAACAGAGGGUGUUGGAUACACUCACAAAAAUACGCUUAAUCUAUAUUUAUUGGACGUGGUAUCUGGAGCAAUGAUAUUUUCUAUUAUGCAUAAAAGAGUUCGUGGCCCAGUUCACGUUGUGCAUUCGGAAAAUUGGAUAGUGUACAGUUAUUUUAACGAGAAAAGUCGAAGAACAGAAAUCGCUAGUUUAGAAUUAUAUGAAGGAAAAAUACAGAGUAAUACCACAGUGUUCUCAUCUUUAUCUACAACUAAAUUGCCAAUUGUAGAAAGGCAAGCCUUUAUUUUCCCCGCAACAAUAGAAUCUAUGCGGGAAACUAUUACCGAAAAAGGUAUCACAAGCAAACAUAUUAUAGUGGCUCUAGCUAAUGGCGGAAUAUUGGAAUUACCGUGGAUGAUGGUAGAUCCACGGCGGCCUAUUAAUCCAGAAAUGCGUGAAGAAGGUGUGAUACCAUAUAUGCCCGAGGUACCUAUUCAUAUGGACGCAAUAAUUAAUUAUAAUCAAAGCGUCUUUAGGGUAUCUGGCAUUCAUACUAGUCCUAGUGGCCUUGAAAGUACUUGCUUAGUUUUUGUACACGGUCUUGACUUAUUCUACACACGCGUGGCGCCGUCUAAAACAUUUGACGUUUUGAAAGAAGAUUUCGAUUAUUAUCUUAUUGUGAUAGUAUUGGCAGCGCUUUUAGUUUCAUCGUACAUCACAAAGAAACUAGCAUCCCAGAAAGCGCAGAAACAAGCAUGGAAAUGA